AUUAUCGACACUCGGAUUAUAAUUUCUCACACCUGUUGGUAUAUCGCAGGCCAAAGAAUACCAGCUGGAUCAUGAACGAUUUCUUCGGAACGCCAGAGCAUUAACUUUGAAAUAUGCAACAGGCCAGCAUCAUUCUGCCGAAACGAACGAUCCAAUGGACGCACCAUUGAAUGAAACAGCUUUUACAGAACCUGCAGGAAUCGCAUUGUGUAAAACAACGGACACAGCUAGUGCCAGUAAUGGCAAAUCCCGAUUAUCGCUAUCAAAGCGGAAGCAGAAAGCGAAAACCAAUCCGCCAUCAAGUGAUCCUACUGAUAACGAUGCCAGCACCGAUACUGCACUAACCUUCUCAUCCUCAUCCUCAUCCUCGCAAAAGCAAGUAUCAGCAAAUAAGCAACCAGUAACUCCGACUGCUGAUACGCGCAGCGAAACGGACAAUAAGAAACUGCCAGAAGAAGCACCGUCCCUACAGUCCAAAAGCUCCGCAGAAAAUGGUGUUGAAAUACCAUUAUGCGAUGCAGAAAAUUCAGAUCAUGAUAAGGCAGAUGGCUUUGGCAGAAACAACGCCAUCCCCUGUGGCAAUCCCCAAAACCAUCUUCAGGAGAGCGCCGUCGAGGAGUCUUUAGCAGGCACAUGCUCGGAAGCCCAGGAACCAUUGAAUGCGUCUUUUGAACUCGCCUUUACGAACAUUUCUGUCACGUCAUGCGAUGAAGGGACGAAAGAAGACGAGGCGCCACCAUCAAGCGAGCCAUCUCCACCACGUGAGACAUCUCCACUAAGCGAGGAAGAUGAUGAGUCAACAACGCUGAAGAUGGAAAAAGAAGCAGCCAAGGAAAAUAACAUGACAAAUAAAACGAAAUGCCCGUUGGCAAUGAGCCAGGAGCCGUCGGCUGCCGGAGAAAAACGGCCAACGUCAGUUCCAAACAGUGUUGCUUCCGUGGAGGAGAUUCAUGCGUCGUUAUCAACGAGAGGAAGUUCCCAGCCACUCGGCAACGUUCCAUCCAAGUUACUGCAGGACCACUUUACCAAUUCUCAGCCCUUGUUACCCAUGAUCAACGAUGAUGAUGAUAUUGUUAUCGAAUCCCGGCUCACAAAGGCCAAACGAACCAAAGUGAACAAAUUAAGCUUGAGCCGAACAAAGAAGCGAAAGAUCAACUGAUCAUUCAAGUCUAUCUCCAGUCCAUUACCCACCUACUUCCCUGAUCUACCAUCACUCACAU